GCUCCACUCCUGGCCUGAGCUGUCUGAGAGCCGGUCAUGGGACACUCAGCUGUCCUCCUCUCCGUGGCUCUGGCCAUUCUCCCAGCUUGUGUUACUGGGGCCCCUGUCCAAAGGCAGCAUAAGCUACUCCUUGUAUCCUUUGAUGGCUUCCGCUGGGACUAUGACCAAGACGUGGACACCCCUAACCUGGACGCCAUGGCUCAGGAAGGAGUGAAAGCUCGGUACAUGACUCCUGCCUUUGUCACCAUGACCAGCCCCUGCCACUUUACACUGGUCACCGGCAAAUACAUUGAGAACCAUGGGGUGGUCCACAACAUGUUCUACAAUACCACCACCACGGUGAGGCUGCCCUACCACACCACACUAGGUAUUGAGAGGUGGUGGGACAACGGCAGCAUACCCAUCUGGAUCACAGCCCAGAGGCAGGGCUUGAAAACCGGCUCCUUCUUCUACCCCGGUGGGAACGUCAGCUACCAAGGAGAGGCCGUGACGGUGAGCCGGAAGGAAGGCGUCUUACACAACUACAAAAAUGAGACAGAGUGGAGGAGCAAUGUGGACACGGUGAUGAAGUGGUUCACGGAGGACGAUGUCACCCUGGUCACUCUCUACUUUGGGGAGCCAGACUCCACUGGCCACAGGUACGGCCCUGAUUCCCAGGAGAGGAAGGACAUGGUGAAACAGGUAGACAGGACCGUGGGCUACCUCCGGGACAGCAUCAAGAGCCACAACCUCACAGACCGCCUCAACCUGCUCAUCACAUCUGACCACGGUAUGACAACCGUCAAGAAGAAUGCCAGCGACCUGGUGGAGUUCCACAAGUUCCCCAAUUUCACCUUCCGGGACAUCCAUUUUGAACUCUUGGACUACGGGCCCAGUGGGAUGCUGAUCCCUAAGGAAGGGAUGCUGGAGAAGGUUUACAAUGUUCUCAAGGAUGCCCACCCCAGGCUGCAUGUGUACAAGAAGGAGGACUUCCCGAAGAACUUUCACUACGCCAACAACCCCAGGAUCACGCCCCUGCUCAUGUACAGUGAUCUCGGCUAUGUCAUCCACGGGAGAGUGAGUGUCCAGUUCAACAAAGGUGAACACGGCUUCGACAACCAAGACAUGGACAUGAAGACCAUCUUCCGGGCAGUGGGUCCCAGCUUCAAAGCAGGCUUGGAGGUGGAGCCCUUUGAGAGUGUCCAUGUUUACGAGCUCAUGUGCCAGCUGCUGGGCAUUGUGCCUGAGCCCAACGAUGGGCAUCCUGGCGUCCUGCGACCCAUGCUCCGAUCAGGGUCCGCUCUCCCGAUCAGCAGUCAGCACCACUUAGUGGUGGCGUUGAUGGCGAUCCUAACAUGUCUGGCCAAGGUUGUAUAAUCCCCCACCACUUAACCCAGUUCAGAGGCCCAGAGAGACUCAAAGGAUGAAGCCCAUGUGCUUCCUGCUUCUUAGCCUGAAGUUCCCUCCCCACAGGCCCUUCCCAGAUCCUCACCCUCCCCUCCCUCCACUUUACCCACCCACUCCCACCUCCAGCACGGGAGGCAGAACACAGCCACUUCUGGAGUCUACGAAGCUGGUGACUCCAAGCAGCCUGGAAGCCAGAGAACCAGUCCUGGGGCCCUUCCAGUUCAGGCUUGGACAUCUCUGCAACAAUCAUACUGCCCCAACCCCAGUGCCUCCCUAGUGUCUACCCAGAGCCACCCACUCCUUCCUGCCUCUGUCCAGAGCUCCAGUGCAGACCUCAAACCUCAUACUGGACUGGUUUGAGGAGAACUGCAAGACUAGCUGGUUCCAGAAUGCACCAGGACCCAGCCUCACUCUGAGGACAUCCCAGCAUGACUGAGUGACAAGACCAGCCUGUUUUAGUGUCCUGUGCAGUCACAACCCUUGGGCAAAGCAGAAGGUCAUUCUACUCUUCCAGAAACAUGAAACAGGAGCUCACUCAAUGC